AUGCCGGCCAUCACUUCCGGCCUCGCCUCUGUCGGCGCUUCUGGGUCGCCGAUACCACACCUGCCCAACACCGCAAUCUUACCGUCGCACAUCUUCCACAACCUCGGCCAAUACUCUCCCUGGUUCCCCGCGAGCAAUCUCACCGACGACGCUGUUCCUGUCGAUGCGUGUGAGGUGACCUUCGUGAGCCAGCUCGAGCGUCAUGGCUCCCGCUACCCUACCGGCGGCGCAUACAAAGAACUGCGCAAGACGUUGCGUCAGAUCGCAAAGCAUCUCGAUCACGUUCCUCGCGCAACCAAAGACGUCAAGCCCACGGACGGGCUAGAUCCUCAGCUUGAAUGGUUGAGGCAUUGGGUCGAGUCUAAAAAGACAGAGGAUGGAGGUUUGCGCAAUCGUCUCGGCAAUUCAGAACUGACUCCCUACGGUCAGUAUGAAGCGUACUCUUCGGGAAGGCGCUUCUACGAGCAAUAUGCACAUCUCUUUGAAGAUCAAGAGGAGGCGCUGAUCGACGUCAACACCGACUACCAAGUCACGAUGGACAGCAAACAAGCUCGAUCCAGCUCGCUGCUCGAGGCAGUAUGUUCGGCGCCAGAGGUAUCAGCGUCAUCCAACACUUGGUCCACCCUCCAUCUCCUCUCUAGCAUCCGUCAAGCCGUGUGCCACCUACUCAGCACAAGUUCGAGCUCCUCCUCGGCUCAUGCAAGUCACAAGCACACCGAACGACCUUUCGUGCGAGCUUCUGGAGCCGAUCGUGUCGUCACCACUUCGCGCUUCUGGCUCCAAGGCUUUGCCCACUCACCACACAAACCCUUCCGUCACGCGCCGCCCGAAUCAGCUCCAUGGCCACAAAAAGGUCGACCUGUCGUGUUCGACGACCUCAAAAGCGGUAAACCGCAUCGACGCAUCCACAACCUCCCCAAGCCCGACGUCAUCAUCCCCGAAGCACGCAAAUCCGACAAGCUCGGCCAGACUGCCAGCAACAACACGCUCGACGUCUACACCUGCUCUGCGUUCGAACGCGACUACCGCGACAACGCGCAGAGCCCGGCUGCCCACAAGACGGCGACGUUUGCGCACAACGCUACAGCAGCCAUUCGUGCACGACUCGCAAGCCAGCUCGGCGUUCGACGUGGCGGCAGCAAGGAUCGUCGGGGAGAGAGGAUCCAUUUGGAGCCUCGUCAGGUGCUCCAGCUUUUUAGUCUGUGUGCUUUCGAUACGGCGGCUCGACUUGACCCGUACGGCUUGCUCCGCAACGACGUGGAGCGCAACCAAGAUGCCGUGAGCCCCUUUUGCAGUCUUUUCAGGCCAGAAGACUUUCAGAGCAUCUACGAGGUCACGACCGAUAUCGAGAAAGAUUACGGUUUCGCAGCACACAACCCUCUACACAAGGCACUGGCUACACCGUGGUUGCGAGAGCUGGUCGCCAGGCUUGAAAGCAGAUCGCCAGUCAUGACCCCUCCAACGUCGAUCAACACCACAUUGGAUGCGGACAGGGCGACUUUCCCCAUGCCAUCUGCAAAGGGACCUCGAGCUUUUGUCGACUUCACCCACGACAACCAGCUCGCUCCUGUGAUCGCUGCACUCGAGCUGUGGGACGAGGAUCACGAGUGGGUCACCUCGCUCACCACGCCGUUCUCCGGUAGAUUGACCGUAGAGAGGCUAGAGUGCGCGGGUGAGGCGUACAUUCGCAUCUUGGUCAACAGCCAGCCCGCCCACGUCUCGAAUGGAAACUGGUGUCCGGUCUCGAAAAAGUCUCACUUGCCUGAUAGCGACCAGCUCUGUCCUCUGUCGGCCUUUCUCGGACCUCUGACAUGGGUCGACCAGCCAAACGAGUGGAACAAGUGCUAUGCCAGGAAGGGCAGGAAAGGCGACUGA